AUGGCGCCGGAUCGAAAGACCAUGGGAGACAUGUGGGGGCACGCACACAUGGGGGCAGCCCUGCAGGCAAAGAAGCCGCACGUUGUGUGCCAAGUGGUGGAUCAGCCAGACUUUGCGAGGACAUGUCUGGACCAGUCUACAAGUGGGGAAUUUUCACGCCGGUCUCAUGCUCAGGAGAAGGCCUCUUUCACGUGUGCUACCAUGGCCAUUGUGAACAUCCCGUACACGUAUCCUGAGAGCCGGCUGCGACACGACAUUGACUUGCUGGGCGUGCCGUACACGGACUUCCAUUAUCCAGGUGACCGCAAAAAUAAAGGCCGGAACCGGGGGUUUGCCUUCGUCGAGUUCGCUACGUCAGAGGCUGCGCACAUGUUCCAACAGUUGUUCCAUAAUCGUGUGCUCGCUGACCCUGGGAGCCCAGCGAAGAAUGUCAGCGUUGUGCCUUCUGAGUCGUCUACCACCAACUUUGGCAAACUGCAUUUGGGGAAUCAUGCCGAUUGCCGCAGCGCCGUCUCGGAACCGGAUCUCUGGCCGCUGCAGCGGUUGGGUGCACCGCCAGGCAUCCUCUAUCACAGGUGGCAUGCCCCGAAGGAACAUAGCGGUGGCAUCGUGGAUCCUCGGGCCAGUCCACCCCGACUUCCGCUUUAUGAAGAUGGGACAAUGGUGCUAGACAGGUUCUCAGUGUGA